CGGUUUAUCAAAGAUAGUUGAUUUUGACACAGUAAAUUUAGAGCCAAAUAUAGUUGAAAGUGGUGAGGAAGUAGAGGAGGAAGCAAAGGAACUAAAUAAAAAAAAGAAGGCAUAUGUUUCAAUAAAUGGACAUCCAGUUCGAAGAUAUUCUAAAGCCC